AUGAGAUGCCCUGGUUGCUCAGUCUCAUUUGCCAUUGCAUGGUCUUCGACCUAUCUUCUCCUAGCGAAUUCUUCGAAUGCAGCGAAUCCUUCCGCAAUCUCCGCACCUGUCAGAGCCUAUUGGAAAGGAUAUGAUGGUUUUUGGAGUCCUCUAUCGAUACGUGUUGGCACUCCACCUCAAGGCGUCGACGUCUUCAUUAGUACAGCGAGCCAGGAAACAUGGGUGGUUGGAACGUCAGGCUGCGAUGGGUCAGAGAUGUGCCUCGAUGCGCGGGGCGGAGUCUUUGCAUCGAACACCUCCAGCAGCUGGGUGGCUCAAGGAUCAUAUUUCUUAGGCCUGGAUCCCCAGCUUGGCUUUAGUGGGAAGGGCAUAUAUGGGUUUGAUAGCAUUGCCAUGGAGACAGUAAACCGGGUAAACGUCUCUUCGCAGCUCGUUGGAGUUAUCAAUUCAACCAAUUACUGGCUUGGAUUUUUUGGACUUGGAGUGAGACCAACAAAUUUGACAUCGAAUGAUCAGAAGACUUUUCUCAGCAGCAUGGUCGAAGAUCAAGGCUUGAUACCAACCCACAGCUAUGGGUACACAGCCGGGGCACACCACCGCCUGAAAGGUGUUACGGGCUCACUUACGCUAGGUGGAUAUGAUGCCAACCGCUUCAUUCCUCACGACGUAAGCUUUAACUUAGAUCCUGAUUUGACUCCAGUAGUUGCAAUCAAUAGUAUCAAAGCGACUGCCGCUCCGCUCUCAACUUCAAACACAAGCAUUGGCUGGAAGGACAACUCGAUUGAUCUUCUUCAACCGACUCAAGCUGACAUUUUCGCAAUCGAUUCCUCCACGCCUUACUUGUGGCUUCCGGAGUCCGUCUGCCAGCAGUUCGAGAAAGCGCUUGGAUUGACGUAUGAUGAUGGUCUCGAACUUUACACCUUUGCCCAAAACCAAAGUCAACAUCAGCAACUACAGGACUGGAAUAUAACCUUUCAAUUUACGAUAGCCGAUCUACCGGGCUCGACCAAGGUCGUCUCGUUAGACUUGCCUUAUGACGCCUUUGAUCUCCAAUUGUCGUAUCCAUAUCCAGGACUAAAUAUCACAGCGACAGACCCGUCUGUGCCAUAUUUUCCACUUCGAAAAGCUGCCAAUAGCACACAAUACACUGUUGGCAGAGCAUUCCUUCAGGAGGCGUAUCUCAUUGUUGAUUAUGAGCGUAAUAAUUUUUCAGUACAUUCCGUGAAUUUUGCUCCAGAUGCACUGAGUCAGGCGCAUCUCGUCGAUAUUACUAGGCCGAAGAAUAGCACGUUUGCCGUCAAGCAGGUUGCGCCCAUUCUAAGCAAAGGAGGUAUAGCUGGUAUUAUCGUAGCGGCUAUCUUCGGGCUUUGUCUCCUGAUAGGUCUUGUCGCUCUUAUAGUUAAAAUGCGGCGGGAUCCUACCAACGGAGGGUAUGAAAAGGACAAGGGCGAACUAACGCGGGAGUCGUCAGGCAGCAGACACCGCUUCGUUCAACAUUUUCUUCGCUUGCCACGUAAGUCGCAGGAGUUCGAACGAGAGAGUCAACACGAUGUCCCUGAGCUCCAAGGCGGCGAGGAAAUCAGCUCCACAAAUAGUGAGCUAGAUGGAAGCAACCAUACAAUACGCGGUUUCUACGAGCGAGACCUAGCCGAUGAAAAGCCUCCUCCUAUCGUGGUCAACGCAAUUGGACAUGAUCCUUCGAUGCCGGUCGAACUACCAUAUCGCUCUAGUAAUUACCAACCCGGUAAUAAAGAACAGCCUAUACCAGAACUCUCUCCCGCAUCAGCCACUUCGUCAAGGUCGGAGCUUUCUGCCUUUAGAUCGAACGAUCACAGAUUAUUUCGCCAGGAUACAGGGAAAUCGGCCGCGGUGAGUAGUCCAAGUGACGAAGGGAAUAGUAAAGCUCCUUCAGACCCAUUCCGGAUAGUGAGUCCUGUCUCGCCAGAUGCACAAGACGAGGUAUCUUCCCUAGAGACCAUCGCACGAAGAGCGGCUUGGUAUGUUUCCGCAGAGAGCGAAUCUGUUUCUAGUCAAAGUCAUGGAGGGACAGUACGGUCGAUGAGGUCCAACUACAGCUUGAUGAAUAUAGAUGAGCGAGCCGGCUUCGCACCGAGGCACUCUCGACAGACCACGGUGUCAUCUAUGGGUCGCUCCACCACUCCAGGCACACCUUCCGCUAACAAUACCGUCUCCUACCAUGGCACACCACAAUCCUACAGCAAAGUCCCACGAAACAGCAGAGCGACUGGUCUGGACCGCGCUGAGUCUUCUACGGCCUCCAGUGGUCUCAGGAGUCAAUCCUCCACCGUGACGAAUGAUAUAAGAAGGAGCGUUCAGCGUGGCUUCAGCUGGAUUCAAACAAACAGCGAAGACACUCCGCAGCGGAGCACACGACCUACGACGGUCGAUGAGGCCAUUGAGCAGUCCCCAUACUCACCUGCUCGAUGGAUCGAAUUCUGGCGGACAGGGCGUGACCCACGAUUAGGACCUGUCAGCAAUGAUAGGACACCUCAAAUUGGGGCCGACAAUGAACCGCAUGCAAAGUAA